UUUUAAUUUAGAUUUACUGAAGGCAGUAUCAUUCCGUAAGAAAUAUGAAAAUCGUUCAGCAAUAAAAAAUAUUUUUUUUAAUAGUUCAACGCGUUUGGGUACAAAAUUUCUUUGAAAUGCAGUUCCUGAGAAAGGGCUUUUCUCAGCUGCAGCUGGUGAUGGUACAGAGGAGUCCACCUUCGCAGAAACCAGAACUUGUUUCUACCAUUGGCUCUUCGAACCUCCUAAUCUCCAAGCGUGGCUUGGAUACUUUGUAUAAAUCAGAGUCUUGUGAAGAUUGCGCAGGGUCGUACAAAAUAUCUCCGGUCCGAGAAGACAUCAAGAAAAUGGAAGAGCCUGAUCGCUUAAUAAACAAGGAUCCAUGCUGGCAAGCACUUCGUCGUACGGAGUACAAGUGCCGUACUGAUCCAGAGUUUUUGCUGGAUACUUUCAUUGAUGCAAGCAAGAAGUGUCUAGGAAACCCCUGUGCAUGGGAUGCUCCUCGUCUUGAUUUGACCCACUAUAAGCCGUCCGACAAGCUGAAGCGCAAGUAUCCACGCACUUGGAAUAAUUGUGUGGUAAAACAGCGCAAGGCUAAGUUGCAGUGCGUCUCCGAGCCCGUUACACACGAGCGGCGCAAGUUUGAGCGCACACAAAAGAUUUCGGCCUGUGAAAAGCCACCCUGUGCCCUAGGAUCCCCACAUUUAAAACUACAGGUCUGCAAACGGCCAGAAAAAAAGUUAUGUCCACGUUUAACAAUGCCGUUUUGUAAGUCGGGUGCUGUUCCACCUACGUGCAAGAAGGGCGCCAGAGGGCCAAAAAAGUGCCACAAGCGUUUAACGAAGUAUCCUGCUUUUUCAGAGUGUCUCAUAGAUCCAUUGCCGAUCACUCCACCUAUCGAAUGCAACUGCUAUAAGACUCCACCAAUGUGCAAAGUUUGGGAAUACUUCCGCAACAAGAAAUCCUAGACAAAUCGGACCAUAAGAUAACGUAUCCAGUUAAAUGACUCAUAAAUAUUUCAUAUCAAAGUGCCAUAAAUAAUAUGUUGCUCAGCAACACAAAUCCGAUAGACAGUAAUCAAAUUGACUAAAAGAACUGUCGACAAAAAUAGCGCAAGGAAUGCAGAAGGAGCUUGUAAAUCCCGUUUUCGAUAUCCGAGAGAAG